CCUGUGACAGUAAAGUGCAGUGACGCAUCAUGACUGUGAUCUCGGUCCUGGCUGCAGAACUGACAUGGUGUUAAUCAAUAACAGGAAAAAGAGUCAAAUUGAAAACGAACCGUCCUCCAGACCCUCUGCUGGGGCUGCAGAGAUUAUAAUGGCGCGCGCGCACACACACACACACACACACACACCUCUCCACUGUGCGCGUCUCUGCUGCUCCUCCGCCGACUCUUGAUCACUGAUCUGCAGACGCCAGUACCGGGACCAGGGCGCAGACAUGGAGAAGGAUUCCAGACCUAAGUGGGACAACCCCACGCAGUUUCUACUGGCCUGUGUUUCUUACGCAAUAGGACUGGGAAACGUGUGGAGGUUUCCAUACCUGUGCCAGAUGCACGGCGGAGGCGGAUUCCUGAUUCCGUAUCUUCUAAUGCUGUUCCUGGAGGGUUUGCCCUUGUUCUGCCUGGAGCUUGGCAUUGGUCAGAAGAUGCGACAGGGCAGUGUCGGCACAUUUUCUUCCAUCAAUCCUUAUCUAGGGGGAGUGGGUCUGGCUAGUGUUAUGACAUCACUGUAUCUUUGUCUCUACUACAACAUCAUCAAUGCAUGGAGUUUCUGGUACCUCUUUAAUUCAUUUCAAUCAGUCCUUCCCUGGGCUGAGUGUCCAAUUAAUACCAACAGGACCGGACCUGUAGAAGAGUGUGAGCGUUCGUCACCCACCCAGUACUUCUUCUUCAGGGAGACGCUUGACAUCUCUUCCUCCAUUGAAGUUAACGGAGGAGUUCACACUGGCCAGGCGUUGUGUCUCCUGCUAGCCUGGGUGAUUACUUACCUGUUUGUUGUAAAAGGAGUAAAGUCCACAGGGAAGGUGGUGUACUUCACAGCCACUUUCCCAUAUUUUGUUCUGGUCAUUUACCUGAUCCGUGGUGUGACUCUUCACGGUGCUGCCAACGGCAUCAAAUACAUGUUUACACCAAAGCUGGAACAACUGGCCAAUCCUACUACAUGGAUCAAUGCUGCCACUCAGAUCUUUUUCUCUCUGGGUUUGGGUUUUGGGUCACUUAUAGCGUUUGCCAGCUACAAUGAGUACAACAACAACUUUGAGCGCCAGGCCAUCGCUGUUUCCCUCAUCAACAGUGGGACGUCCAUCUUUGCCAGCAUCGUCACCUUCGCCAUCUAUGGGUUUAAGGCCACCUUCAACUAUGACUAAAGUCUGGAGAGCACUCGCUUACUGCUGCUGAACACCUUUGACAUAGCAGAGGACAACAUCACCCUGGACACAGCCUUGGACUGGGUCAGAGAACUCAACAUGACCUACCCGGAGAAGUUUGCUGAAAUAGCCGAUCAACUCCAAACAUGUGACCUGGAGAAAGAACUUGACACUGCGGUGGAGGGAACAGGACUGGCCUUCAUCGUCUACAGUGAGGCCAUCACAAACAUGCCUUUGUCCCAGCUGUGGUCAGUGCUGUAUUUCUUCAUGCUGCUGAUGCUGGGGAUGGGCAGCAUGCUGGGCAACAUCACCGGGGUCAUCACCCCACUCAGAGACUUCAAGUUCUUUUCCAAAAUGAGCAACGAGCUGCUGAACGGUAUUGUGUGUUUGUUCUGCUUCCUGCUGGGCCUGGGCUUCUCCACCCCUUCAGGAAACUACUGGUUCACCAUGUUCAAUGACUACGGAGCCUCCUUCUCCCUGCUCUUCAUCGUUUUCUUCGAGAGCAUAGCCAUUGUUUAUAUCUAUGGAAUGAAAAGGUUUGAGAAGGACAUGGAAGACAUGGUGGGACACCGACCCAACUGGUACUGGAAGAUCAUGUGGAAGGUGGUCAGUCCCCUCCUCCUCCUUGUCGUGAUUACCUUCUACAUCGUUGGCUACAUUCAAGGAGGCACGCCCACCUACCAUGCAUGGAAGAAAGAGCUGGGUAAGACCGUGGUGACCGAAUAUCCCAUCUUUGGUCAGGCCUUCAUUGGACUGCUGUUGGCCUCGUCCAUCAGCUGCCUUCCUAUCAUGGCACUGUAUGUGUUCUGCAGAAAGAGGAGACAUGGACGCCGGGACAAGAGGCAGCAGACUGUAAUGUCAGUGUCUAUGUAGUCGCCUAAACAUGGCCUUAACUGAACCAACACAUGCCUGGAGCUGCCCUCCAGCUCCAGGGAACAGUUUUUAUUUCUUAAAAACAGGAGGGACAGUGGCAUAUGAUGAACUGAUCUGAUUUUUUUUUUUAUCAGAAUAGUACAUCUGUCCGAAUCCACUACAACUGUUUAGUGUCUUUUAUAAAAUUAAAAAAUAAUCUCUCUAAAAAAUGUUAUUUUUAAUUAACAGUUGCAUUUUUAGACACCUUUUUACACUGAAAGAAAUGUUUUUUCAACUUUUAUAGCUGCUUUUUUUUAUCCUUUUUCGUCUCUUACCGUCACUCCCUCUGUGAAGCACAGCGUCAGGUUACUACAGGUGUGUUGCUGAGCUGCUGUGCCAAAUAUGAAUGUAAAACCGUGCUGUUAAACAUGUAAACUAUGUACAUAGUGUAGAUAGACAGUGUGUCAUUCUCUGAUUGAAUUACUUUUUUUUAAAUCAAUAAACUAUGUAACUUUUG